AAUAUAUGUCAAGUCUGUGAUAUUUUCAAGUUAGUUUUAUAGUUUUGUUUAAGUGUCGUUCAAGAAUGGCUUUUAAUUUCGAUAGCGGGCAGUUCAACAAAGAGUCAACUCCGAAAAGGCUUGGUAACUGGCAAGUACCACGUUGGGCGCCAACUCGAGCUCGUCCAGUGGAAAUGCGGCCAAAUCCAAAACCAAUAUGUGAUAUAAACGGUCGCUUCUUACCCGGAGCGCCGCGUGGAACCUCAAGAUGCUUUGGACACUACACUGGAACGUGGGAUUUACCUCGGAAGAUAACAAGGAAAGUCGCUGAAGAUUUAACGAAGGAACCACCGGCGGGAAGAUUCCCAGAUUGGCUGAAUCUUCGUGUACAAAGACAAAAGUCACUGGUUUCGGCGCCAACACGCCUGCGCGCAGAAAAACGCGGUAAAGCGGAGAAGGAGCAGUCGCCAGAUGAUCAGACAUUCAUAUUUAAAUUAUUGCAUGUCUGUACUAAAAAGGACCAGGACUCAGAGGAAACAAAGAAACAUUCAGGUAAGGAUUUGAAUCUAGAUCACGAUAACGACAAUAAAGAGGACAAUAACAAUCCCUUAGAUUUGAUUGCAACCAAAGAACCAGUCGACUGUAAUGGUCAUGGACCUUACAUACCAGGAUCUAAAACCGAUAUAGACAAACGACAUGAGAAUUACGACCUUUUAGUAAAAAACGCUGUUGAACAACUGCAUGGGCCACAAGAAGAUCCAACUGACCAGUUUUGGCGAAAAGUAGCAGAAAAGGCUACGAAAGAUGACAAAAAUCGUGAUAAUAUGAAAUAUAAUAAAAAAAGUGGAACACCGAAAUUGCCAUACGUGAAUGUUACACAGAAUUUUCAAUUUGCUAAGAAAAUGCAUGCAGGUAAUUUAGAACACGAACCAUUACCCGAUACUUUGGGAUAUCGUAAUAUGACUAAGGUGGGAGAACAUAGAGAUUCGGAUGUCGUCGUGAAGCCUUAUGCUAUAGGUUGGAAAGGUUACGGUGCAUCAGGGCCAACAUGCUGCACAAAAAUGCGCGUUCAUCGACCUAAAACCUGUGAUCCGAAAAAAAAUGACGGUGGCGCUGAUGAACAUAAACAGCGCCCAGCAACAUCUGCUUUGGAUUUAGGAGCUGAGUACAAGAAACCCAUGUCUUUAAUGGAUUUGGCGAUUUGUUGGGAUUUUAAGGCAGAUGAUCCAAAGAGGGAACCCAGACCACCAAAACACAUCGACGGCUCGAAUGGGUCGCAGGCGCCGGCCGUUUUUACAGUGGUAAACACACCUAAGGAAGAAGUAAGUGAAACAGUAUUAGCACACGCAUACCCUAUCUUUAAUGAAAACCAAAACUUGGAUAAUGUGGGACGUCAUAGUGUACCACAUUUUGAAAAAGAUAUGACUAAAGACAAACGGAAGGAAUCUUGUGAUGUGCAGUAUUGUCCACAGCAUAAUCAAAGCGAAAGAAGUGUAAAAUCUCGCUCGUCAAGUAGAAAAAGUUCUAUUCAAUCUGGUGGAAAACCACAAUGUGAUGGCAUUAAUGGGUGUGGUACUCUUACCGAUACUAGUCAAAAUUUAAACCGUGAAAAUUCAAAACCGGAAAUAAAGCACACAAAAGAAGCUUGGAAUACUGAUAAGAGUAAAAAUUCUAAAUAUGAUAUAAAUCGUAAUCGUCAUAGCUUGGAGUCUUAUGAAAAAACACCUCUGGCCCAGGGGAAAUUACACCAAAGUUCACCAAAGGAAUCCGAGACGUCGAAACAUUCUCCCAAAGAGUCAUCUAAAAAUAGUGAAACUACUAACACAAAUGCCAAACAUAAGCAUUGUUUUUCCUGUAACGGGGUAAAAGUGCUAGAAGAAAGGAAACAAAAAGAUGAUUAUAAAUUCGCGUUUAAAGCAGGUAACCCAAAUUCCGUUCAAAGCACUAGCUCUAAUGACUCGAAGGAAUUGAAGAUACCGAAGAUGCGUCAUCCAUAUACAAAAAAGUCAUAUACUAUUCCUACUUUAGCUCCCCCCUUUAGUAUUUGGCGAGACGCCAACGCUACAGGAUAUCCAGAACAUUGGAGACUGGCAAGUGUAUACCAACACGCAUACAAACCACCUGAACAACGAAGGAAACCUCUUAUCGAAAGUGUUUAUCAAUAAAAAUAUUUGAAUGAAUACAAAAUUGCGUACCAAGCUUGUGAUU